AUGUGGAGAGACUUGCUCUCUAGGUUUGGUCAGGCUUCUCAAUUGGUGGUUUCCAUGCAGCAUUCCAUGCAUGUAGAUGCUCAUUUGGAUCGGGUUCUUGACCAGUUUGCCCCUAGCACCAUUUGGAAGUAUGUAGCCACUGUCCGCCAAUUCAUGUCCACGUGCAAUGACUCGGGCAUUGACCCAGUUAGUAUCACCCCCGUUCAACUUGCAGACUUGUUGAUGACCGCAUCAUUGGCCAAAUCUACAGAUGGCGGUAGUUCCCACCAGACCACCAUCAAAGCACUCCGGCGGUGUGCCAAAAUGGCCCAAAUUACUACGUGGGAUUUCUUCUAUGACCCCAUAGUUGAUUCGUUCCUAAAGCAAAAACGGUUGAUUGACCGCAAGGAGGCUCCCCCGUUGCCUUUAUGGACCAUUGUCCAAUUUGAGAGACGAGUGCUCAUGUCCAGUUGCCCCGAAUCACAGGUGAUCAUCCUUGGUAGUUUUCUCCUCAUGUGUUGGACUAGCAUGCGUUUCGCUGACAUGCAGCGCGUCUCGUUGAAGUCCUUUGUGUAUGAUCCCCACUCGCUCCGGGGCACAUGCUGGAGGAGCAAGACGACUGUGCGGGGCCAGCCUUUCGGUCUCGUGUCCAGUGGCCUCAUGAGUGAGGGAUCGUUCACUUGGGUCUUAAAAUUCUUGUGGGCCAUGGACCAAAUCUUGACCCGUCUUCACCUGGAUGACCUAGAUUUUGUACUUCCAGCAUUCCGAGAUGACCUGCUGGUCGUGCCGCUUGAGCCAAUGUCGUACGCCUCAGCGUUGCAGCACCUCCGAAAGUUCAUUCAUGCCCCCUGGCGUACCCUGGACAGCCCCAUCAAACACCUUAGCCUUAAUUAUAGCUUGCAUAGUUUGAAAGUAACAUUCCUGUCAUGGAGCAAUCAGCUUGCUGAGAAAAUCUUGCCGGAGCUUCGCAUGCUUCAAGGACAUCACAGGUCGUCAGCGCAUCAAUCCAUGCGCCUAUACAGUCGUGACGAUGUUUUGGGAGCACUCAGAUGCCAGACUAUUCUCCGAAAGGAACUUCUUCGAGGUUGGCGUCCGAUGAUUCCCCUGCAUCGUGGGGGUCAGUUGCCCAUGGUUGAACCAGCAGUUCAGAUUGAACGUUUUCGUAAACAAGCUGAUGACCUUUCUCUCACCUGGUUUGCCUGUCAGGACCACACACCGCUUCCGGCGCCGGAGCCACAGAGCAACGAGUUAGGGGACUCUUCCGAUUCUUACGCCAGUUCGGACUCGGAAUCCUCGACUGCUUCAGCUGACCCUGCCCCUCCAACCCGAGCGCCACCACAGCAUACGGCGGGAGCUUCAGAUGAAAUAUUGUUAGCUUGCCGUCGUCAAAAAUGUCACAUGUUGAUCGCAUGUCCUGACACGACCAUUGAAUUCGUUUGGUAUGCAGGUUCGCACUACAAACCAGCGUGCGGAGUUCGCAUGAGCAACUUCUCAGUGACCAUUCACGAAUCUUAUGAUCCUCAAAUGCUCCCCUGUCAGCACGCAGGCUGCAAAAAAGCCUUCCUGACGUCCGGACACCUUCAGGGACCAUAG